GGCGCAGAGCCCUGCCGGAAGCCAAGAUGGCGUGUAGGUGCUCUCCGAGCCGCAGUUGGCGCCUUAUCAGUGUCUGACCCGGCUGUUUUGUGAGGAUCUGUGGCAGACGCGCUGUCCACCGCCAUGGCCCGGCAUCGGAAUGUCCGAGGCUACAACUACGAUGAAGACUUUGAAGAUGAUGAUCUUUAUGGCCAGUCUGUAGAAGAUGAUUAUUGUAUUUCGCCAUCAACAGCUGCUCAGUUUAUUUACUCACGACGUGACAAACCUUCAGUUGUUGAGCCUGUAGAAGAAAAUGAUUAUGAAGAUCUGAAAGCAUCUUCCAAUGCACUUUUGAACCAUCAGCUAAGAGGAACUGAUCAAGCUCGUCUUUAUUCAUGCCUUGAUCACAUGAGAGAGAUACUUGGAGAUGCUGUAUCAGAUGAAGUAUUGAUUGAAGCAGUUCUGAAGAACAGGUUUGAUGUGGAGAAGGCUUUGUCAGUGGUUCUGGAACAAAAUAGCAUCCAGAAUUUGAAAGACAAGAGUGAAGGAACAGUGUCUGCAGGAAAAAUGGCCAAAGGAAAAUCAGUAGGUUCCCAGUCAUCACGAAGUGAAUCUGAAAUUGUGCCAAAGGUUGCUAGAAUGACUGUGUCUGGAAAGAAGCAAACUAUGGGAUUUGAAGUGCCUAGAGUAACAGCUGAAGAAAAUGGUCAUAGUUUCCACACACCUCAAAAAGGACCUCCUAGUGAAGAUACAAGCGUUGGUUCUUCUGAUGCUCUUGAGAAAUCAGCUCUUGCAACCCACACCAUUCAAGUACCAGAAGAGCAGAGUUCAGCACUAACACCAGUGAAAAAGUCUGGCAAGCUGAGGCAGCAAAUAGAUGUGAAAGCAGAACUGGAGAAGCGACAAGGAGGGAAGCAGCUCCUCAACUUAGUGGUCAUUGGUCAUGUUGAUGCUGGGAAAAGUACUCUGAUGGGCCAUUUGCUUUAUCUUCUGGGAAAUGUAAACAAAAGGACGAUGCAUAAGUAUGAACAAGAAUCUAAAAAAGCUGGCAAAGCUUCAUUUGCAUAUGCAUGGGUCUUGGAUGAGACAGGGGAAGAACGGGAAAGGGGAGUAACAAUGGAUGUUGGUAUGACAAAGUUUGAAACUACAACCAAAAUUAUUACAUUAAUGGAUGCUCCAGGCCAUAAGGAUUUCAUUCCAAAUAUGAUUACAGGGGCAGCCCAGGCAGAUGUAGCUGUUUUAGUUGUAGAUGCCAGCAGGGGAGAGUUUGAAGCUGGAUUUGAGACCGGGGGACAGACACGAGAACAUGGCCUCCUGGUCCGUUCUCUUGGAGUGACACAGCUUGCAGUUGCAGUCAACAAAAUGGAUCAGGUUAAUUGGCAACAAGAAAGGUUUCAAGAGAUUACUGGAAAACUUGGACACUUUCUUAAGCAAGCAGGUUUUAAGGAGAGUGACGUAGCUUUUAUCCCUACAAGUGGUCUCAGUGGUGAAAAUCUAAUCACAAGAUCUCAGUCAAGCGAACUCACCAAAUGGUAUAAAGGGCUAUGUUUAUUAGAACAAAUUGACUCUUUCAAGCCACCCCAACGAUCUAUUGAUAAGCCGUUUAGAUUAUGCGUGUCUGAUGUUUUCAAAGAUCAAGGAUCUGGAUUUUGUGUAACUGGUAAAAUUGAAGCUGGUUAUAUCCAGACCGGUGACCGACUACUAGCAAUGCCUCCUAAUGAAACUUGUACUGCAAAAGGAAUCACUCUGCAUGACGAACCUGUUGAUUGGGCAGCAGCAGGUGAUCAUGUUAGUCUUACUUUGGUUGGGAUGGAUAUCAUCAAAAUCAAUGUAGGCUGCAUAUUUUGUGGCCCCAAAGAACCCAUUAAAGCUUGCACUCGUUUCAGAGCCCGAAUCCUCAUCUUUAAUAUUGAAAUUCCUGUCACUAAAGGAUUUCCUGUGCUGUUACACUACCAGACUGUCAGUGAACCUGCUGUGAUUAAACGAUUGAUAAGUGUCUUAAAUAAAAGCACAGGUGAAGUCACAAAGAAAAAGCCCAAGUUGUUAACUAAAGGUCAGAAUGCAUUGGUAGAGCUACAGACACAAAGACCCAUAGCUCUUGAGCUAUACAAAGACUUUAAAGAGCUGGGGAGAUUCAUGCUGCGGUACAGUGGUUCUACAAUAGCUGCUGGCGUUGUUACUGAGAUAAAAGAAUGAUGGGUCAGAAUUUCUACAAUGUUUCCAAAGGCAGCAAAAUAGCUAACCUCCUUUUUAAAAGAAUUCAGUUAUUCAGUUGAAGAAGCAUUGUGCAAUUGAUAUUUUUUUAAGUGAGAGAAAAAAUUAAAUGGAUAAUAGCUGCAAAGAUGUAUUUAUAAUCACUCUUGCAAAAAUUUCAAGUUGACAGCCAGCAAAAAUGAGGCUAAUACCUGCACUUUCAUUUAAAAAAUCAGCUUUCCCUUUGAAAUGUUAUACAUGGAUUUACUUUGCUCAGUUUUAUGUAAAGUCCCAGAAAUAGUGUUAAUAAUAUUGAAUCAUCAUGAAAUGAAUUUCACUUCUUGCCAAACCACAAAAUAUUUGCAGUUCUCCCUUGUGAUUCAACUGCAUUGCACAUGUUUUAAGGAAAAGUAAUUAAAUUGUUUUUUUAAGGUAGCUGAUAUUUGACCUGAGCACUUUUUUAAAAGUUAUCUCUAAAAAAAGAUUUGCUGAAGGUUAUAGUAAAGGUAUUUUGUGUUGAGCAUGAGAAUCUUCCUCUUCCAACAAGUAAAUUUUUGAAAGCUUAAUUUGGAAUUAGUGGAAGCUGUUCCUUUGGUAACCAAAGUAUUAUAAUUUAAGUUGUAAAGGUAGCUAAUAAAAUGCCGUAGUUUAAGCAUAA